AUGCCACCCUGUAUCACAGCCCCAGAUACCACCACGCCCCCAGUUAGUCAGACCAGCCAGCACGCCCACUCUGGUGAGAAGAUAGUUGAGAAGCUCAGAAAGGGAAAACCAGCUAAACCUGACGACAUCGGCCCCAAAGUGCUGAAGGCUGUGUGGAAUGAUGAUUUCAACAAACCAGAACACAGCAGCUCAGAGUUUGAGGACUUGUCUGAGCUGAGGGUCGUUCUGCUGGGAAACAGCUGGUCUAAGAGGAGCUCAGUGGGGAACUUCAUACUGGGAGCGACUGUGUUCACCUCUGAGGACAAAGCAGACCUCUGUCUGAGAGUCAAAAGAGAGCUGAAGGGGAAAGAAAUCGAUCUCAUCAACACUCCAGAUCUGCUGUCACCUAAAAUCUCCGCAGAAGAUCUGACGAAACAAGUUGAGAACUGUGUGAGACUCUCUGCUCCUGGACCUCAUGUGUUUCUGCUGGUCCUCCAGCCUGCAGACUUCACUGAGGAUCACAGACAGAGGCUACAAAUGGUCCUUGAACUCUUUGGUGAUCCAUCAUUUGAUCGUUCACUGGUUCUGAUAAUGCCCAAAGACAAGAGUUCAAGUUCCAUUGAAAAGUAUCUGCAGCAUCCACAGUUAGGAGACAUAAUCAAGAAAUGUAGAGAAAAAUUGUUGUGGCAGAAGAACCUGGAACGAGAGCAGCUGUUAGCAGCCAUCGAUACAGUGGUGAAGAAGAGCAUGGGGGAGGAAGUUUCCAGUGAGGAAACAUCGGUUUCACCCAGUCAAGAUGAGGAAGAAAAAGUCCCUGCCAACUUGGAUCCUCUAAGGGGUGCACAUGAACUCAGGAUAAUGCUGUUUGGAAAAAGUGAGAACAAAAAAUCAUCCCUGGAAAAGAUCAUUAUUAGAAAGAAAGAGUUUAAUAUGCCUAAAGUCCUUGGAGGAAAGCAAUGUCGCGCUGCCUCUGGACAGUGGAACGGGAAACCGUUAACAGUAGUCAAAACCCCCGACAUCUUCAGUCUGUCUGUGAAAACUCUGUUAGAAGUGAUGAAGAGCUGUGUGAGUCUCUGUCCUCCUGGACCAAACGUUCUGCUGCUGUUAGUGAAACCUUCUGAUUUCACUGAGAAGAACAGACAAACUCUGAAUUUGGUUCUGAGCUUGUUUGGUCAAGAUGCCUUUAAACACUCAAUGGUCAUUAUAACACAGAAACAAGAGAAAGGCAAUAACUCAGUGGAAAAACUCAUUGAAGACUGCAACCAAAGACAGAACUGGUUUGAAAAAAAAUGUUCCGCUACAGAUUAUUCAGAGUUGAUGGAAGAAAUGAAUGAGAUAGUGAGUGAAAACUGGGGAAAAUAUCUAAUGUUAAAAGAAGAGGCUAAACCCAAUCUGAAGUCCAGUCUGAACCUGGUUCUGUGUGGGAGGAGAGGAGCAGGGAAGACGUCAGCAGCCAAGGCCAUUUUAGGUCAGACUGAGCUUCAUUCAGUCUCCAACUCAUCAGAGUGUGUUAAACAUCAGGGAGAGGUGUGUGGACGUUGGGUUUCCCUGGUGGAGCUGCCUGCCUUGUAUGGAAAACCUCAGGAGGCAGUGAUGGAGGAAUCAUUCAAGUGUAUCUCCCUCUGUGAUCCUGAGGGUGUCCAUGCCUUCAUCCUGGUCCUACCUGUGGCUCCUCUCACUGAUGAAGACAAGGGAGAGUUAGAGACCAUCCAGAACACAUUCAGCUCUCGAGUCAAUGACUUCACCAUGAUUCUGUUCACUGUGGACUCAGAUCCUACAGAUCCAGCUGCUGUUAACUUUUUAAAGGACAAUGAAGACAUCCAGGAGCUCUGUGAGAGCUGUGGAGGAAGAUCUGUUGUUCUCAACAUCAAGGACAAACAGCAGAUCCCACAGCUGUUUGAGUUUAUAGAAAAAAUUAGUCAGCCUACAGGACAACUGUGCUGUUAUACAACUACAACAUUUUUACACGCACAAAUGGAGAAAGUCUUAAAGCUUGUCAGUGUUUUAAUCCACUUUAACUCUGAUUGUUUUCAUGUUUUAGGUGAUGAGGUUGGAGAACAGGACUCAGACUGUCUCAGGAUUGUGCUGAUUGGGAAGACCGGCUGUGGAAAGAGCUCUACAGGAAACACCAUUCUAGGAAGAGAUGAGUUUAAAGCUGAAUCAAGUCAAAUGUCGGUCACACAAUGCUGUCAGAAAGCAAAUAGUGAGGUGGACGGUCGUCCUGUUGUUGUCGUCGACACUCCUGGUCUGUUUGACACAACUUUGACCAAUGAAGAAGUUCAAGAAGAGCUGGUGAAAUGUAUCAGCCUCCUGGCUCCAGGACCACAUGUCUUCUUGGUGGUGAUACAGGUUGGGAGAUUCACAGCAGAGGAGAAGGAGACACUGAAACUCAUCAAGAAAUUCUUUGGGAAGAAUUCUGAAAAGUUCACCAUCGUUCUUUUAACCAGAGGAGACGAUCUGGAGCAUCAGGGAGAGUCUAUUGAUGAUUACAUCAAGAAAAAAUGUCACAGUUCCUUUAAGAAGCUGAUCUCUGACUGUGGAGGAAGAUACCAUGUGUUCAAUAACAAUGACAAACAAAACCGUACACAAGUCAGUGAGCUGAUAGCAAAGAUUGACACCAUGGUGAAGGACAAUGGAGGACGCUUUUACACCAAUGAGAUGCUGCAAGAGGCUGAAGCAGCAAUAAGGAAGGAGAUGCAGAAGAUUUUAAAGAAGAAGGAAGAAGAGAUUCAGGAACAAAAGGCAGAAUUUGAAAGAAAACGUAAGGAAGAAAUGGAGGCCAUGAAGAAAAGAAUCGAUGAAGAGAGAGAAAAGGAGAGAAUACAGAGAGAAAAAGAUCUAGAAAAAAUGAGAAAUAAAAUUAGGGAAGAAGAAGAGAAGAGAAAGCAGGAACAGGAAAUCAGGGAAAAGGAUAAAAGGGAAAAGGAAGCUGAAGAAGAAAGACGUCGACAAGAAUUUGAAACAGAACUUGAAAAGCUGGACAAACAAAUUCAGUCAGAAAAAGAGGCAAAAGAAAAUGUUGACAGAAAACUGGAAGAAGCCAGAGAAGAGAUGAGAAGAAAACAAGAGGAGUGGGAGAAAGAACAGAAAGAAUGGUGGGACAAACAACGACAAGACGAAGACAAAAGACGAGAGGAAGAGAAAGAAAAAAUUGAAAAACUACAGGACAAUUAUAAUGAAAAGCUGGAAUGUGAAAAAAUAAAAAAAGAAGAGGAUCAAAGAAGAAGAGAACAGGAAAUAAAAGAAUUGGAGGAUAAUCACAAGAAAACUCUGGAUGAUCUAAAGAAGAAACAUGAAGAGGAAGCCAGAAAGCAGGCUGAAGAGUUUAAUGAAUUCCAGAAGAAACACAUGGAGAAAUUAAUGGCUCAGAGGGAGGAACACGAGAAGGAAAUGUAUGACUUAGUGAGACGUGUGACCAAAAAGACUGAAAACUUGAAAAAGAUCAAGAAUUUAAUGCAAAAACAUGAAAAAGAAAUGAGAUCUGUGACAAAUGAAGAGGAGAUUGAAGACCUCCAGGAAGAACAUAAAGAUCAGCUAAAUAAGUUAAUGCAAGAAAUCCUGAAUGAAGAGCUCAGGGACGCAUCAGCCUGCAGCAUUUUAUGA